AUGACUUCCAUGCUGACCCACGCCAUCAGGAACCUCCCUGCUUCCUCAGCAUGGGCUGCCAGGGGCUUCGCUCGAUCACUCAGCUGCUCCCCGCAGUUACAAGUCGCAGUCCAGCCCAAGAGCAAGAAGACCUUAGCCAAAAGCGGCGUGAAGAAUAUCGUCGUGGUCGAGGGCGUCCGUAUCCCAUUUUUGCAGUCUGGCACCUCGUAUGCGGAUCUUAUGCCACAUGACUUAGCAAGAGCAGCGCUGCAGGGGUUGCUGAACCGGACCAGUGUCCCCCGGGAUGUUGUUGAUUACAUUGUUUACGGCACAGUCAUCCAGGAGGUGAAGACGAGCAAUGUUGCCAGAGAGGCUGCCUUGGGAGCGGGUUUCUCUGACAAAACUCCAGCCCACACAGUCACCAUGGCUUGCAUUUCUUCGAACCAGGCUAUGACCACAGGCGUGGGCAUGAUCGCGGCCGGGCAAUGCGACGUCGUCGUGGCCGGGGGCGUGGAGCUGAUGUCGGACGUUCCCAUUCGGCACAGCAGGAAGAUGAGGAAGACAAUGCUCACUCUUAACCGAGCCAAAACCUUGGGCCAGAAGCUUUCCCUCAUUUCCAAAAUUCGGCCUGACUACUUUGCUCCCGAG